AUGAGCCAGCAGUCGCAGACGGGGCGGGCUGCCUCGUUUAACCGGAGCUACAAUGGCGGCGUCGACGGGCCGCAGAUAUACUCGGCCUCCUAUUCGGGUGUCGAUGUGUAUGAAAUGGAAGUCAACAACGUUGCUGUUAUGCGCCGCCGCCACGACUCCUGGCUGAAUGCCACGCAGAUUCUCAAAGUCGCCGGAGUCGACAAGGGGAAGCGCACCAAGAUUCUCGAGAAGGAGAUCCAGAUCGGUGAACACGAAAAGGUCCAAGGAGGCUACGGCAAAUACCAGGGCACUUGGAUAAAAUUCGACCGAGGCGUUGAAGUCUGCCGCCAAUACGGUGUGGAGGAAUUACUGCGGCCGCUUUUGACGUACGACAUGGGGCAGGAUGGAGGCGUUGCAGGCCGCGGCGAUUUCAACACCCCGACUAAAGAACAAGCCAUGGCCGCGCAAAGAAAACGCAUGUACAACGCUGGAGGCGACGGGAGACCCAAUGGCUUGUCGGGCACUUUUUUCAAAAACAUUUCGAGCACAGCGUCCCAUGCCGUCGCCGCCAUCAGCAAAGCUCGAUUCGGCUCUCCCGGGCCUAGAAAUCGCAAUGGGCCAUCGCGAGCUCCAAGCUUCAGCCGGCAGCCCUCGAUGCAGAAUGGCGAUGAUUUCCCUGGUAACUCUCAGCAAAGCUAUACCUCCGACUAUACUAACCCAGCUGUCGACUCUGCCUACUCAACGCAGCAGCAGCAGCUACAACAACAGCAGCUGCAGCAGUCACAGCAGUCACAGCACCAACACCAACAGCCGAACGGCAAUGUAAGCAUGCCCGAUAACGAGCCUCCGAGAAAACGUGCACGAGUCACCAUAACCCCCGCCGAUAGCUUUGGUGCCUACGGACAGAAUAUGGAUGCCUAUGCCACAGCUUUUCCGGGAUCACCAACGGAGCCCAACGAAUCUUUUGUGUACACGCAAAGUGCGAUUAAUGAACGUGAUGCUAUAGAUGAAGGCAGCGGCCCGUCCCCCCCUCUGCCCUUCGAGGUAUCUCCCGACGUAGAAUUGAAACGCAGUAUGCUUAUGGGCCUUUUCAUGGACUCGGUCACGGAGGAGUCGUCGCACGAGAUGCUUCAAACUCUUACACCUCUCGAACUUGACAUGCCCAUCGACCCUCAAAGCCAUACCGCUCUUCACUGGGCAGCUACACUGGCACGAAUGCCUCUUUUACGGGCUCUCAUCGCCGUCGGUGCUUCUCCCCGGAGAGUAAACGCAUCAGGAGAGACGGCCCUCAUGCGAGCAUGUCUCGUUACAAAUUCCAUGGACCAGGGCUCAUUCCCAGACCUUCUCGAGGUUUUGGGAGGCACAAUUGAGUUCCGCGAUCACAAAGGACGAACCGUCUUGCAUCAUAUUGCAGUUACAAGCGCCGUCAAGGGUCGCAACGCCGCCAGCAGAUACUACCUAGAGAGCUUAUUAGAGUGGGUGGUGCGACAAGGUAGUGUCCCGAAUAGCCAAGCUACGCAGUUGAAUGGAAAUGGCAUCAAUGGAUCACAAUCCAUCCCCAAGAUGGGCAUUGCGCGGUUCAUGUCCGAGAUUGUCAACGCCCAGGAUAGCUCAGGAGAUACAGCGCUCAAUAUUGCAGCCCGCAUCGGAAACAGAAGUAUAAUCUCCCAGCUGUUAGAGGUGGGAGCUGAUCCAGAGAUUGCUAAUCGUGUCGGUCUACGGCCUCUGGACUUUGGCAUCGGCGGUGAGAAUGCCGAUGGAAAGAUCAACGGCGAUGCCGCAGCUGAAAAGAACGGUGCUCCUGGAUCCAGCCAGCGAAGCCGAGAGAGCAGUGAUGAGAUUAUUGAAUCUAUUACCCAUCUCUUAAAUGAGACCGGCGCUACUUUCCAGCAGGAAAUGAAGAGCAAACAAGCUUCCUUAGACAACCUACAUUCUACCCUCCGAACAACAUCAGCCCAGCUAGGCGAAGCCCGUCGAAGCAUCGAACAGAUCACAGCCACGCUCAAAAAGCAGCAGCUGGCUCGUCAAAAGGUCGCCAACCUCACACACGCCCGAGAAGACGACCAAUUCAGGAUCAUGAACGAACAGUCCAACGCCGCCCAGUCAAACCCAUCGUCAUCAUGGGAAACCGAACUUGCCGCCAUGUUAGAAGCCGCCGAAGAGGCCUCAACUUCGGGCAGUGGCGGUUUCGCCAGCGAGGGAAUGCUGCCCUCUGCGACGAUUCUGCGAGCACGUAUCCGCGCUAUCGAAAGCCGAAGGGAAGUUACGCGCAAGAUGGUCAUGGCUCUCAAGGGGCGAAGCCGCGAUGUUGAGGUUAAAUACCGGCGUGUCGUUGCGUUGUGCACGGGUGUCCCUGAGACAGAGGUCGAUGCCGUCGUGGACGGUCUCCUGAAGGCUGUUGAGAGCGAAAAGGAUGAGCUAGAAAUAGGGAGAGUGAGGAGAUUUCUUGGGGGAGUUGAAAGUGUAGUGCACUAG